UGGGACAAUUCGGAGUACAACGUAUUUCUCACCCCUGGAUUGAGUGAAAUAAAAGACGUUGAGGCCUUUGAGAGUGAAGGAGCCAGCCAGAGAUUGAAAGUCGACCACUUGCUUUUCACCAUUGAGAGACAUCAGAAAUGUUACUUCUGGUUUUGUGAAGAGUGCAAAGAAUAUUUUAUUGAUGAAUGCCCCACACAUGGCCCUCCAGUUUUUGUGCCUGACACCCCUGUGCCAGUGGGCGUCCCAAACCGUGCCGCCCUUACUACCCCUAAUGGCAUUGAGGUCAUUCAGGAAGGCAGCGAGGUGGACGUCUGCUGCGUAGACAAAGACAUUCCCAGGGGGGCACUAUUCGGUCCUUACCAGGGUGAAGUGAUGUCACAGGACAAGUCCUCUGGUUUCUUCUCCGGGAUGUUGGUGGACAAAAACAACUCAUACAAAUCCAUUGAUGUUAGCGACGACACCAAAGCCAACUGGAUGAGGUAUGUCCGAAAUUCUUCAGAGGACAUUGAGCGAAACCUGACAGCCUUCCAGCAUGGGGAGCACAUCUACUUCCAGGUGUGCCGUGACCUGUCAGUGGGAGAGAGGCUGCGGGUAUGGUACAGUGAUGACUACAUGGACCGAUUACACCGCAUGUCCCAGGACACCAUCGGCAGCAACUUGGCCACAGUUGAAACGGACUCACGAGUGUGGUCAAGCCCCUGGAAUGUUACAGCCCGGGACCGGGAGGCCACCCAGACCCUCAUCGAGCACUACGGGUCCCCAGAAAUCCAGAGCCUACUGAACGACCGGACAACCAGAACCAAGCAGAUCUUUGAGAUCAUUGCCAGUCGGAUGGAGGCACAGGGCUUCCUGAUCAGUGAGAACUCCUGGCAGGCUGGCAAGCGAUGCUUCCAAAAGUGGCGCAACAUGGAGCGCACGUACAAAGACUAUGUGCUGGCGUCCAAGAGGACUGACGCUGGACGCAGGAAACAGCCUGAGUUCUAUGACCAGUUCCAUGCACUCAUGGGCCAGAGGCUGAGCUCCAAGCUGGCUGCUGCUGACACCCCAGCCAGGGUGUUGGCCAAGCUGAAGCCUAAAGCUGUAGCACCAACUCCAAGCCUGCCCCUCUACGCUAUUGUAGUCCCAUCAGGCCAUCCAGUUAACCUCGGUAUACCCUCCACCUGCAGCCCAGAGGCAGAGAUUGGAGUCCAUGCAGGCACCACUGAGCCUGAACCGCUAGCCAGGAAGUCCAGGAGCGAACGGGUCCCACAUCCCAAGAUACUCCAGUCAAAUACAGUGGAGGAGAGGACAGAGAAUCAACUCCAAAAGGGGAGGAGGAGGUCAUGGCUUGGGGAUGACAGAGCUCCUGAGAACGGUGGGUCCCUGCCUGUGUGGUCGGAGCGGAAAAUGAUCAGUCAGGACAUUGAGGCAACGGAGGCUUUAGUAGAGCUGUACAGCUCUCCAGAGAUCCAGGGACUAAUCAGGGAGAACAAGACCCGAACCAAGAGGAUCUUUGAGAUCAUAGCUAGCAGGCUAAAGGAGCAAGGCUUCCCCAUCAGUGAUGUGCCUGAGCAGGCUGGGGAGCGAUGCUUCCAGAAAUGGCGGAACCUAUCGAGGGCAUACAAGGAGUACAUCCUCCACCCAGAGAAGGCUGACAUGGCAAAGCGGAAGCUUCCGGCCUACUUCAACAGGCUCCAGGACCUCAUAGGCCACCGGCUCAGCCUUCAACUAUCUGAAGACUCCCCCGAGCCUGAUGGCAGCAUGGGAGAUGCUGAGGCACAUGCAGGGGUUGAGGACAUAAGCCAGAAUCUGUUACACAUUGUGGAGGUGCCGGCGAGCCCCACUGACAUUGUCAGUCCCCCCUCCACUUCUGCCUCCUUCUCCUCUUCACAUACAGGAAACCCCCUCCAUGUUGGAGCCAGUGGGCGGAAGAGGAGGAUGGCAAACAUAUUGGAUGUCUUUCAAGGUUACAGGGAGGAGGACAAACGAUUGCAAGAGGAGAGGGAAAGGAGGGCAGAGGAGCGCUUUAAUCAGCUGCGAAGCCUUCUGCAGCAACAGCACACAGAGACUAUGGCAGUGAUGAGAGAACUGAUCAAUUCCAUGAAGAUGAAAAAACAAUGAGAUAUACUGUGAAUACAGUUGAAGUCCGAAGUUUACAUACACCUUAGCCAAAUACAUUUAAACUCCGUUUUUCACAAUUCCUGACAUUUAAUCCUAGUAAAAAUUCCCUGGCUUAGGUCAGUUAGGAUUUUAAG